GUUUUCCUGUUUCCUCUAAGUUAUCAAAUGUGUUGGUAUAAAGUGUUUCGUGUUAUUCCUUUAGUAUCCUUUUGAAGCUGUUAAGAUUAGAUUAGUUCAUGAGGGUGGGGGCUCCUAUGAUAGGAUUAUAGCCCUUAUAAGAAGAGAGCUUCUCUCUGCAUGCCAGCACCAGGGAAGGACCAAGUGAGGACAUUUGAAUGAAUUGACUAAGAUCUGCCCUCUCUGCAUGCCAGCACCAGCGAAGGACCAAGUGAGGACAUUUGAAUGAAUUGACUAAGAUCUGCCCUCUCUGCAUGCCAGCACCAGCGAAGGACCAAGUGAGGACAUUUGAAUGAAUUGACUAAGAUCUGCCCUCACCAAGAAAGUGAAAAACCUACCCUAAAAUUCAUAUGAAACCUCAAGGGAGACCAAUUAACCAAUACGACCUUGAAAAAGAACAAAGCUGGAGGACUCACACUUCCUGAUUUCAAAACUUACCACAAAGCUAUAGUAAUCAAAACAGUGUGGUACUGGCAAAAAGACAGACAUAGACCAAUGGAACAGAAUAGAAAGCCCAGAAAUAAACACUCAUGUGUAUGGUCAAAUGAUUUUUGACAAGAAUCCCAAGACCAUUCAAUGGGGAAAAAACAAUCUUUCACCAAUUUUUGCUAGGAAAACUGGAUAGUCAUAUACAAAAGAAUGAAGUUAGACCCUAUCUAACAUCACAUACAAAAAUUAACUCAAGUGUAUUCAUGAUCUAAACUUAAGACCUAAAACUAUAAAAAUCUAAGAAAAAAACAUAGGACCAAAACUUUAGGACAUUGGAUUUGAUAAUGAUUUCUUGGAUAUGACAGCAAAGGCACAGGAAACAAAAGAAAAAAUAGACAAGUGGGAAAAUAGGAUUUGUUGUAGAAAAAUUCGCUCUGCAAGAGACUCUUUGUAGGUCUGUAAAUUGCAUGAGAAAAUGUGAGCACUGAUACAAAAACUAAGGUACUUCGGAAAUGGAAAUUCUCCAACGUAGGGCCUGUUAAGCAGAGUCUCAGGAUGUGUUUUCAAGGAAGGUCGCUGCCUGUUUAUUAUCCUGCUCAUGGCGGUGUACUGGUGCACGGAGGCCCUGCCUCUCUCUGUGACAGCCCUGCUGCCCAUCAUCCUCUUCCCCUUCUUGGGCAUCCUGCCCUCCAACAAGGUCUGCUCCCAGUACUUCCUGGACACCAACUUCCUCUUCCUCAGUGGUCUGAUCAUGGCCAGCGCCAUCGAGGAGUGGAACCUGCACCGGAGAAUUGCCCUCAAGAUCCUGAUGCUAGUUGGGGUCCAGCCGGCCAGGCUCAUCCUGGGGAUGAUGGUGACCACCUCCUUUCUGUCCAUGUGGCUGAGCAACACAGCCUCCACCGCCAUGAUGCUGCCCAUUGCCAGCGCCAUCCUGAAGAGUCUUUUUGGCCAGAAGGAAGUUCGUAAAGACCUCAGCUGGGAGAGUGAAGCAAACGCAGCUGCUGUGCGGAAAAACGGCCUGCACACUGUGCCCACGGAGAUGCAAUUUAUUGCCGGCACAGAAGACAAAGACUGCCCUGAGGAGGCAGAGACUCCAAUGGAUCUCCAGGCUAACUCCAAGAAGGAGGAGGAAUAUCGCAGAAACAUCUGGAAGGGCUUCCUCAUCUCCAUCCCUUACUCUGCCAGCAUCGGGGGCACUGCCACCCUCACGGGCACAGCCCCCAACCUCAUCCUGCUUGGGCAGCUCAAGAGUUUCUUCCCACAGUGCGACGUAGUAAAUUUCGGCUCCUGGUUCAUCUUCGCCUUCCCUCUCAUGCUGCUGUUCCUGCUGGUGGGCUGGCUCUGGAUCUCCUUCCUGUACGGAGGGAUAACCUUGAGGAGCUGGAGGAAGAAGAAAUCUGAGAUCAGAACUGAUGCAGAAAACAGGGCUCGAGCUGUGAUUCGGGAGGAAUUCCAGAACCUGGGGCCCACCAAGUUUGCUGAACAGGCCGUGUUCAUCCUUUUCUGCAUGUUCGCCAUCCUCCUCUUCUCCCGGGACCCGAAGUUCAUCCCUGGCUGGGCCAGCCUCUUCACCCCCGGGUUUAUUUCUGAUGCUGUCACCGGCGUGUCCAUUGUCACCAUCUUGUUCUUCUUUCCAUCCCAAAAACCAUCUCUCAAGUGGUGGUUUGACUUUAAAGCUCCCAACACAGAGACAGUGCCCUUGCUGACGUGGAAGAAGGCUCAGGACACGGUGCCCUGGAACAUCAUCCUUCUCCUGGGAGGAGGCUUCGCCAUGGCCAAAGGCUGUGAGGAGUCGGGGCUGUCCGCGUGGAUCGGCGGGCAGCUGCACCCCCUGGAGAAGGUGCCGCCGGUGCUGGCCGUGAUGCUCAUCACCGUGGUCAUCGCCUUCUUCACCGAGUUUGCCAGCAACACGGCCACUAUCAUCAUCUUUCUGCCCGUUCUGGCGGAGCUGGCCAUCCGCCUGAGGGUGCACCCCCUGUACUUGAUGAUCCCUGGCACAGUCGGCUGCUCCUACGCCUUCAUGCUCCCUGUCUCGACGCCCCCCAACUCAAUCGCCUUCGCCUCUGGGCACUUGCUGGUCAAAGACAUGGUGCGGACGGGAUUCCUGAUGAACCUGAUGGGUGUCCUGCUGCUCAGCCUGGCCAUGAACACCUGGGCACAGACCAUCUUCCAGCUGGACACCUUCCCUGAGUGGGCCAACAUCCACUUAGCCAAUGUCACCGCCCUGCCAUCCACCUUGGCCAAUGACACAUUUCGGACCCUCUGAGUCCCCCUUGGGGACUCUCUUUGGGCUGGGCCCUCCCAGUUUUUGCCAUCACCUGCUGCUAGGACCCUACAGGAUGAUCAAGCAAUUCUUCUCUGAGAUCCAGUACACAGCAAGCAAGGGUGACCUCCAGCGGUCCACUUGGGUCUACAGGUUCAUUAUCUAGGGUAUCUUUUCCUUCUCUAUCAUGCAGUUCAGGGCCCAGAUACCUCCUAGAUCUGCCACUUGAAAAACAAACCCCUUUAACUCUGAGCCGUUCUGUGGUUAGGAAGCCAGAAAGCCCAACCGCAGCGACAAUAAGUGAAUCUAGAAUGGCUUCAACACCUGGGAUGAGGGGCACAGCUACUAUCCCUCGCUGACUAGGUUACACUCUGGAGAGACCAUCUUGCCUGGAGGGGCCACCUUGAGUCAAGAGGCUUUGGGGGCUGCCAUGUUCCCGCCUAGUCGUCCCCGCUGUUCAGAGCCGGUGUGUGUCCUGCUGGGCGGAGGCCCAUUCUGUGCCGGUUGUUUGAGUAUCACCCCUACCGGUACCCAGCAGCCAGGGUUGCUUUCAAUUCCUGGAGAUAAGGGGAGGGACGGAUGACUUUCCGAGGACAUGGAGACCGUGCAGAGCCUCUUUGCUGCUUCUCUGGGCUCCCGAGCACACAAGGAAAGUUCUAGACCUUUCUACCCAAGCUUUUUAGGAUUUUCCUGUUUAAUCUGAUUCAGUGUGGCCACAGUUCUGGAGUCAGGCCAAGUCUGGGCCCUGCCCUCUCAUGGGUGGCCGGCCAACGGCCCCACCCAGCCAGGCCCCUCCUGCGUGGGUCCCGCAGGGGCUUUGUGGCUGCCGGCGUCUUUUUCUAGGAGCCGGGCUUUGCCUGCCCACUCCUACCCCCCCGAGCAGUAAGCAUGUUUGAUUAGUCAAGGCCACAUUUUUCAGGGGUGAAAGAAAAGCCAAGGUAAAUCAGGGCCUUGUAAAAGGCCAGGGUCAAAUGCCUCAGGCAGGGAAAUAUAAUUCUCUUCUACAGACAAGGACAGCUUAAGACUGCCCCUGAGCUGGUGGCUGGCGGAGCCUGUCCUAGAGGAUUUGAUCCCUCCUUGUUUCAGGCAGGAAUUCACUCGGCACCCCCAGUGAAUAGCACAGCUUGGACCCAACAGGUGCUUGGGAAGUGUCUGGAAUCAGUGGCCAGGCAUUAGCCCAGCAUCAGAAAAGGCGCUGGCUGAGGGGCCCAGAAAACUCACCGCCUGCUUCCUACGCCUCUGAGGGAUGAGAUUCCCCGAGCAGCUGGGGCUGGGGAGGAAGCACCCAGGGGCUGGGCGUGUUUUUAGAAUGGCACAGUGAGUCGUGGAUGUUUCCCUUGGGGCAGGGAGAGGGAGGAGGGGGCCCUGUGGUUGGAAAAUGAGCUCCCAGUCCUUCUUGUGGGGGCACUACAAGAUUUAGUCACAGUUACAGCCUGCUGGGGUUAGGGGUGCACUCCUGUAGGACAGGGGAGGGGAGAAGUUCAUUCACAGAGAAACCCAAAGGGCUUGUAACCAGGUGAAUCAUGAUUUCAAAUACUUUUGAUUAAAAAUGCUAUAAAAUAAUGUUAAUUGAA